AUGUACAGGCCUCAGAGUCGAGCUCUGCAGACGCAAGAACUUCUCGAACUCAUUUUCCAGCAAUUGUGGGACGUUGAGGACCGUGAAAGCGAGAUCCGACGCAGAUCCUACAGGGGUACUCUCCCUGCGCUGGCGAGGACGUGCAGAACGUUCUACGACCCAGCUAUUCGCGUUUUGUGGAAGCGGAUACCGGGUCUUUCCGUUUUGACGCACCUGUUUCCCCAAGACGAUUUCACAAUCGAGGACAACAAAAAGAUUUUCUUCAAGAGGACUGAAUUCCUGCAGGACACCGCCUUCAGACAACGCUUCCGCACCUACGCAGUGCUCGUCAAGCACAUAAGCUACCGCCAUUUCACCAGGUUCAGCAUGCAUUUCUCCGCCUUGAAUCACCUGGCCACCAAGGUGUCAGUAUCAGGACCUUUAUUUCAUAACGCUGUGUCAGUAGUCCUCCCUUGCUACUCUACUCGCCCGAUGGAAGCUAUGUUCUAUCCCGCAGUCGUCCUGGGCCCUUUUGUGCGCAACGUGCUGAUUUAUACCGAUGGUGCCGUGGAGCCAGGCGAAAAUAUUGCGGCGUCUCGCAUUCUUGGUGGCCCGUUGACAAAGGCGAUGCUGGAUCGCCUACACCCAUAUGCAGCAAACUUCACAGACUUCGCCGUCCAAUUAAUUGAUCGCAAAGCCAUCAAAUGCAUCCCGGGCAUAGAUUCCCUAUGCACUCAGCUUUCUGCUUGCUUACGCAGAGUUGAACUCACUCAGUUUGUCCUUUCUCCGGAUGUUCUCUUCGCUAUCAGCCAACUGGGUGGUUUGGAGGUGUUUUUACUUUCGGUGGACACUCCCGAUCGCCCCACUCCCAUUCGACCCCCGGCACCUCUCUUGUUCCCUGCUCUGACUCACCUCCAUGUCGAGGUCUUGACCAUGGACGCUGGUCAGGACUUUCUCCGUCGGCUUCAGGCCCCCUCCCUUACUUCUUUGUAUCUCGAAUUCUGGCUGCCAGACGACGACGAUCAUGAUGAUGACGAAGACCUGGCUCUCCCACUUCGGGACUUAAAACCCAUCUUCUCUGUUCUAUCUGGCCGACAUGCGGCACCCAAACUAUCCUCCAUUGAAGUAGACGUCGGUGAAUUCAACAGAGACGCCUUCGUUAUCAAGGGACCCACCCUCCUUCCCAUUGUCGAGUUCAAGGACCUCACUUCGAUCACAAUCCACCGAUGCGCAUGCGUUGAACUGGACGAUGCGAAUCUCCUUCAACUGUUCUCUUCAUGGCCUAAACUGGUCGAAUUUAUAUUCGAACCACCCGAAUUACACACGAGCGUCAUCUACCGCAAGAAAUUGACGCUCGAAGGGCUCCACAACGCCUUGCAACGCUGUCCAAACCUGGCCCGUCUCUCCCUUGCAUGCGAUGCGCGUCGAGUUCCCCCGGCCAAGGGCGUGCCGCACCAAUGCCUGAAGGUCUGGGACGUAGGCUUCUCUCCCAUCCAGUCAGGACGAGCUGUGGGGGAGUGGCUCCGCCAGUUCUACCCUCGUUUGGAGGCCGCAUCACUGGAGUAUUUUUCCCAUUUCGCAUCGGGCCUGGAGACGAUCAAGGAUGAAAAGGGCAUCCCGGAGCACGAGCUCGAGAAGGUGCUGAUGAUCAAUCGCUGGAAUGAUGUGGUAUCCGUUCUGAGGGGUUGA